UCUGAUGUGAUUGCCUGGUUAUCAUUUCCAAACGAAAGUUGACAAUUAUCGGCAUCGUGGGGUUAACUUUGUACUGUAAAAAUCAUGUUUGACUAGUGUUCAAAGUCUAAAACAUUGAAACAUUAUUGCAACGGUGUAUUCCACAGUAAUAAAAAGAGAAAUUGAGUGACCUGUUUAAAUAAAUUUUACAACUAUCAAAAUGGGAAGAGUAUUUGUAAUAGGAGUCGGUAUGACCAAAUUUGAGAAACCUGGAAAAAGAACUGAUGAUUACCCACAAUGGGGCAAACAAGCCAUCACAGCUGCCUUAACUGACGCUAAUAUUCACAUGUCGGAAGUAGAAUUGGCCACAGCGGGGUACGUUUAUGGAGACUCCACCAGUGGACAGAGAGUGAUAUAUGAAGUGGGCAUGACAGGUAUUCCCAUCUUCAAUGUAAAUAAUAAUUGCUCCACCGGAUCGAGUGCCUUAAUGCUAGCCAAGGAAUUAGUAGAAUCUGGUAAAUAUAACUGCGCUCUUGCCCUUGGAUUCGAGAAAAUGGAACGAGGCAGUCUUUCUUCGAAAUUCAUGGACAGGUCAAACCCAAUGGAAAAGCACAUAGAAGCCAUGUCAAAUCUAGCAGAUAUUGAUGGAUCUCCAAUAACUGCUCAAAUGUUUGGCAAUGCGGCUAUUGAGCAUAUGAAACGAUAUGGGACUAAAGCAGAACACUUUGCCAAAAUCGCUUACAAGAAUCACAAACAUUCCAUUAACAAUCCAUACUCCCAGUUCCAAGACGAGUAUACUUUGGAUCAGAUACUAAAAUCUCCGAAAAUAUAUGGACCACUCACUAAACUUCAGUGUUGUCCAACAAGUGACGGAGCUGCAGCCGCCAUAUUGGCAUCAGAAACAUUCGUAAGAAGACACGGGCUAGAAAGGCAAGCUGUAGAAAUUUUGGCUAUGGAAAUGGUAACGGAUUUACCUUCUACGUUUCUCGACAACAGUCAUAUGAAAAUCGUGGGAUACGAUAUGUCAAAAACUGCAGCUGAAAGGGUUUUUCGUAAAACGAACAAGGACCCUUCAGAUGUCCAAGUGGUGGAACUUCACGAUUGCUUCUCAGCUAACGAACUGAUCACAUACGAGGCCCUAGGGCUCUGUCCUCCCGGAAGGGCAGGAGAAUUCAUAGACAGAGGCGAUAAUACUUAUGGGGGAAAAUUCGUAGUAAAUCCAAGCGGUGGUCUUAUUUCCAAAGGGCACCCGCUGGGAGCAACUGGCUUAGCUCAAUGCUCAGAGCUUUGCUGGCAGUUGAGAGGUGAAGCAGAACGAAGGCAAGUUGCUAACGCUAAAUUGGCUUUGCAACACAACAUUGGAUUAGGUGGUGCCGUCGUCGUCGCAUUAUAUCAAUUAGGCUUUCCAGAAUAUGCCAACAGGAACGUUGGGAUUCGUAGAACUGCUGCCGCAGUUAGUGAUAGCGGUUUUAUCGUAACUCCGUACAUGAAGAUUCUCCAACAGGCCAUGGAAGAUGAUGAAGAAGGCUUGAUAGAAAAUCACAGGGGCAUAUAUGCAUUGAAAGUCGCUAAAGCUAAUGGUGAUACAGGCACUUGGGUCAUUAACUGUAAAACCGGCAAAGGAAAAAUUGAGUUUAACGGCAAGGAUAAACCUGAUGUUACAUUUAUUGUUAAAGAUAGCGAUGUUAUUGAACUCCUCACCGGUAAAAUUCCGCCACAGAAGGCGUUUUUCCAGGGGAAGGUGAAGAUUCAAGGGAAUAUUGGACUGGCUGUGAAAUUGACUGAACUACAAAGGACCGCAGCCAAAAAGAUUGAGGAUUUAAGGGCCAAGUUAUAAGAAAUCUUCGUUGAUAUUAUUACUGUUACUGUUUAAUUACAUGGUAAUUGUGUUGUUGAUUAUAAUUUUUAUUACAGUUAAGCACAAAUAAUUAUAAAGUAACUAACGGUAAAGGUUUUUUUAUAUUAGCAUAUUAAUAUAAUUGAUAUGUAUUUUCCUGUUUUAUUGGUUGUUAUUUUA